GCCGAACUUGAGAGAGAUUGAGCUUGGGACCAAAGCAAGAAAGCGAACAAAAUUUUGUCUGAUUUUGGAUGGCUCCAUCCCAAGGACAAGAAGUGUGGUUCUCUUCAACUUCUACUAAUCUGUCCCCUAUCCAAGUCGAUCUCUUUUCUCGCAAAUUCUGCUCAAAAUCAAGUUUUGGAUCGCCGGUUCUAAUCUUUCUGGUCCUGUUUAUUAUUUUGCUCCAAUGGAUCUGUCUCGCCCCGAAAUUAUUCCUCGAAAAGGUUUUGGUUUGGGGAUUGGGGUUUGAGUUUUGUUUAUUUACCUCUUCUCUAACAUGGCACUCGCCACGCAAAUACUCCUCGAUCGAUCAGCUGAACCUUUCUGUUCGGAAUCUGAAAUUUCUUGAACCUGUGGAAGUUCUCCACCUCCCAAUGGACGGCAUUAGGUUGCAUUUCUGAGAUUGUUUCAAGAUCUUUUUAGAAGCAAUAGCUGAAACCUGGUUCUUUCUGAGGAAUAAUGGCGAUGGCAUCAACCGCAAAGGUAUGUCUAGGCAGUAUCGCAUUUGGAUUUUUCUGGAUGUUAGCUGUUUUCCCUGCAGUGCCUUUCCUACCCAUCGGAAGAACUGCUGGUGCUCUCUUCGGCGCCAUGCUCAUGGUUAUCUUCCGCGUCAUAUCGCCCGACGAAGCUUACGAAUCCAUUGAUCUCCCCAUACUCGGUCUUCUCUUCGGAACCAUGGUCGUCAGCGUCUACCUGGAAAGAGCCGACAUGUUCAUCUACCUCGGUAAAUUGCUCUCAUGGAAGAGCAGAGGAGGCAAGGAUUUGCUCUUUCGUGUCUGUCUCGUCUCCGCAUUUGCGAGCGCUCUGUUCACCAACGACACUUCCUGUGUCGUUCUCACCGAAUUCAUUUUAAAAAUCGCAAGGCAAAAUAAUCUACCCCCUCAACCCUUCCUCUUAGCCCUAGCUUCCAGCUCCAACAUUGGCUCCGCUGCAACUCCCAUCGGUAACCCUCAAAACCUAGUUAUCGCUGUUCAAAGCAAGAUUUCAUUUGAGAAAUUCCUGCUCGGAAUCUUUCCUGCUAUGCUAUUGGGCGUGCUCGUCAAUGCCACCGUUCUCCUCGCCUACUUUUGGAAUCUUCUAUCCGUCGAAAGGGAUCAAGAAGUUGUAGAAGAAGCAGGAGACUUGUUUGCUGAGAACGAUGUGAUUUCUCACCGUUUCUCGCCCGCAACAAUGUCGCAUCUUAGUUACGCAAACUCCGAGGAACUCAAUUCCACCACCCUUGAACAGAUCCCAUCGCCAGUCAUGGAUUCUGGUCCAUCUAAUUCUACAAGAAGCAGACUUAGUGGAGGAAUGGAACCUGCGAGGAAUUCGAGCUCAUCAAUGGAAGCACUUGGAAGUACUGGAAUCUCGCAGAGAAGGGAGGAAGGAUCCUCCACAAGAAGAUAUUCUAGAAAUAUGAGCAGCCAUAGUAUUGAUUCUUCGAGAGAAACUUCUUCGUCUUACUCUUUAGAAGAGAAGGAUAGUGCAGCUGAGAAGUGGAAGAGGUGGAUGUGGAAGACGAGCGUUUAUGCGGUUACCAUUGGAAUGCUGAUUUCUCUUUUAGUUGGGCUCAACAUGUCGUGGACUGCAAUUACUGCUGCUCUUGCUCUGGUGGCUCUUGAUUUCAAGGAUGCUCGUCCUUGCUUAGAAAAGGUAAUUUACAGCUUAACU